AUGCGCCCGCUCAACAUCGCUGUCUACUUGGUUGCUGUCCUCCACGCCAUGGACGUCGAUCCUGAACUAGCGGCAGCUGUGGGACAACGCGAGAGCAUUUCGUCGCGGGCUGCUGCAGUGGAUUCCCAGGUGUCGGGCACCCAUUUCGUGCACCCAUCGGAAUCCCGACUGCUGAGAGGGGAGGCAAGCGCUUCUGAACAAGUACGUGCAGGCGCCGGUUUACCUAUCAAGCUGAAGGAAUUGGACUGGGAGAUAGUCAAAUUUAUACAAGGAAGGUUGCGAUUGAAUGGCGACGUCGACAUGGGACGCAUUGUCCAAGCGCGGGCGAAACCUGAACACUUCGUCACGGCGAUAGAUCUUCCACAAAAUGCGCUAAAGGAUCGCUUCGACAGGAUGACAUUUCUGGAGAAGCUAAUGUACUUCUUCAAGCUGCUCUUUAAGGUCAAUGUAAAUAAACGGCUAAAACUUCUGCGCAAAUUUGAGGAGGCGUACAACAGGCACAAGUCAAAGCCCAGGGGAUUUAGGCCCCGUGGGCCUAUUGUGUAA